AGUCGAUAGUGAACACAGCGCAAAGCUCCCAGACAAGGGAUUCUUGGGCGUCUAGUACUAUGAGAAAGUAGUGCGCGAUAAAAACGUUCAUUACGGUGAUAUUUUUGGGUAAAAGUGUGUAAAAUUUAACAUGUACGCGUAGUAGUUACAAGUCAGUACAUUUUUAAUGCUAAACGUUUAAUUUACACAGGUAUUGGGCGAACGUGUCGACUUGUAGUGGUGGCGGAGGGAUACUCAUAUCCUGCUGCGCGUCAAAAUAUUGGCUUGGGGAGACCGCGCCAAAGCUCAGACAGCGGCUUCUCUUCAGGAUAACAACACACUGCGGAGGACAUUUAAACGCACUCUACUGUUGAUACGGUUACCCUACACAUCGGACUGUUAAGAUUUGUCAUUGAAGUGGACUAUUUUCAUCUCAAGUGCUCGAGUCGAUACACAGAAGUCAGCUUUCAUGCCGGUUUUCGGGAAACAGUGUACGACUUUAUGGUCGUGACACGGCUUUGACGGGCGCGGUGCGGCUGAGUUGGCGCACUGCUGGUCUGGAUAUAUUUUUCGCUUGAAGCCAAGGCAAUCUGCACCAGCAUUUAUUCAGCGCCCGAACUCCCUCACACACUUUCUUCUUCUUCGUACUACUACGUUGGCUCUCCUGACGCUCCUGGAGUCAAUAGGAAUCUUCUACGUCGGCUUUUCAGCUUGAAUAUGUUGCUGUCAAAGUUUGGUUCUUUUUCGCAUAUUUGCAAUCCUUCAAGUAUGGACCAUCUACCAGUGAAAAUACAGCUCCAGCCGGGUAGGUGACUUUUCUUACGGUGCAUUUUGAGAUAAACUCAACAACUGAUCGGUUUAGGAAACAUAUUUAUUCUCUUGUUAGUAAGAGUUUGACAGUCAGAACUCACCGGCUCCGUCAAAUCAACAUUUCAGCCGCGCUCCUAAUGUGGAUUUCUGUGUGAAAACUGCACUUUUUCUAACAUUUAUCUCUUUUUCUCACAGUUAAAGCGGAGAAGGAGCCUUUUGAGAAGGUUUACCAAGUGGGCUCAGUGCUCGGCAGCGGAGGAUUCGGGACUGUAUACGCCGGGAGUCGGAUCUCUGAUGGCGCACCGGUAAUAAUGGGAACGGGGAUCAGGCUCUGUGUUUUGAUCUUGCAUGUGGCGCCAUCAAAGCCGGGGCGUCCUUAUUUCGCCUUUCGGAUUCAAACACUGACUCUCCCCUUGAAAAGUUAAGCAUUUACUAAUGAUUUUCUGUGUUUCUUUACUUUAGGUCGCAGUCAAACAUGUUGCAAAGGAGAGGGUGACCGAGUGGGGCACAAUUGUAAGUAGGCUACUCAACCUUGAUAUGAGGGUUUGGUUUGUUUUGGUCCCCCCCUCCUCCUCUCCUCCCCAUGCCCGCUGCUGCUGGGUGGGUUGGUGGGGGGGUUGGGAUGUUAGUUUUUCACCCACUAAAAUGUCUUGUUAUUAUUUCAGAAUGGGACUAUGGUGCCUUUGGAGAUCCUGCUGCUGAAAAAGGUCAGCUCCUCGUUUCGUGGAGUUAUCAAACUGCUGGACUAUUACGAGCGCGCAGACGGCUGGCUGAUCGUCAUGGAGAGGCCGGAGCUCGUCAAGGACCUCUUUGACUUCAUCACCGAAAAGGGCGCCCUGGACGAGGACACGGCUCGGGGAUUUUUCCGCCAGGUUUUGGAGGCGGUCAGGCACUGCUACAGCUGCGGUGUAGUACACAGAGACAUCAAAGAUGAAAACCUGCUUGUGGAUCUACGCACCGGGGAGCUCAAGCUUAUUGACUUUGGCUCAGGGGCGAUUCUCAAGGACACAGUCUACACCGAUUUCGAUGGUAAGCAGCCCCACCUCCUCCUCUUUGAGAUUGCAUUAAUCGCUGUAAUAAGAUGGGAGCAUGCUGGAUAUGUAAUGUGUUUUGAUGAAUUCACAUCCGUGUGGGCUGGUUUGUGUUUGCCCUUGAUGCUCCGCUGAGCUAUAUUCAGAUAUGGAGGCGUUCACGAGCCUGUGACGCAGUGCUCUGUUUUUGGUCGAGGGUUUUCCUUGCCGGGGGUCUCACGGCUAUUGAUCACUACCUAUAGAAACCAAUGCAGGGAGAUAGAAAGAUUCCAGUAGGAUUUAUGACGAGCAUGUUAGGUUUUUUUAUAGCGGGGAUAUGACUCACUGAACCUUAUUUUUGUUUUUGCUCAGACUGCUCGGUCUUGUGAUAUUGAGUAGUUUAAUGUUUCCGGUUGUUAUUUUGUUCCUAAAGCCUGACUCACAGUCGCAGUUUGUGGGUAUUAGGUCAGUGCCACGUAACAUCUGUUUGUUGUGAAACCCGAGUCGGCGGUUCACGUGAUGGGCUCACAUUGCCUUUUUUGUUUGGUAUCCAAGUGCCUCCUUCCAGGAGGGAGGGGGGAGGAAAAGAAAGAAAAGGAGGGAGCAAAAGGAAGGAGGGAGGGAGGGAGGGAGGGAGGAGACGCAGGCAGGUCACCCGGUUUGUGUUUUGUGGCUUGGGGAAGAUGGAAAGCAUUUCUACCAUGACUCAGCCAUUUUACACACAGACACAUAAUUUCUUUGAGCCUUUUUAUUUAUAGUCUCUUUGCUGUUCCCACAUUUAGACUAUCAGUACUCCACAUGUUAACCCUUCAAACAAGUAAAUUUAACUGUUUCAUGCUUGUAUCCUCGUUGAAAUUCAUAUCAUUGACCUAUCCCCCUAUUUUAUUUGUUUUCAUUUCAGGUACAAGAGUAUACAGCCCCCCAGAGUGGAUCCGCUUCCACAGAUAUCACGGUCGCUCGGCGACGGUGUGGUCGCUAGGUGUGCUGCUGUAUGACAUGGUGUGUGGAGACAUCCCUUUUGAGCAAGAUGAAGAGAUCCUCAGGGGUCGGCUGUACUUCAGGAGACGGAUUUCAGCCGGUAAGUGAACCAUAACAAUGCACAGAACAAAUAAGUCGACUCUGUUGCCCUCUAGCCAUGGGAAUUGGUACAGCCGCUUAAACGAGAGUCUGAUGAGUUGCUUUACGUCAGAGUUAAAAGUCUGUCAACAAUAGGAGCUCUUACUCUACCACUCCAGACUCAGACAUGCGCAUCAAACUCACCUUGUUCCUCUCUCCUCCUUCAGAGUGCCAGCAGCUGAUCAAAUGGUGCCUGGCGUUGAGGCCGUCAGACCGGCCCACACUGGAGCAGAUUUGCGACCACCCCUGGAUGAGGGCGACAAUAGAGUCACCCAAGUCGCCGGAGGAGCCGGUCUCCGGUGAGAUCCGCCUAAGAACCAUAGACACAGACUCUUCUUCAAGCACAAGCUCAAGCAAGGAGAGCCUCUGAUGGCUCUGAUGGACUGAAAAGACUUUCUGGGGAAAGAAGGGGUCUGGAUGGAGGGAGUGAUAAUGGACUCAUGGCCAGCAGCCUGUAGCCGACCCAGUCUGUCAAAGACUGGACGCUUCACUCAGCUGGUUCAGCUAGAAAAUGUACUUUAAUUUUCCUCUUUUGUAGGGAAUUUCUAAUUUAUUACUAUUUGAUUUGCUUAUCUUAUUUCCCCCCAUCCCCUCUUUUUUCAUUCAGUUUAUUAUACUUGUUUCCUAAUGGGGAACAUUUUUCUGUUUGGGCGGUCUUACCAGCACUAUUUAUUCCCCCCCUCCUUUUAUAACUUUAUUUCACUCAUUUUGUUACUAGGCUGGUAUAUGCAGCUGGCAAGGCCCUCCUAUUCAGACAUGGCUGCUCUUAUAGAGCUUGGAGAAAACCUUUUUAUUUAAAUGUUUUAAUUUUGAUUUUGUAGUGCCUUUUUUUGGAAAGCUGCUUUUCUGGGGGCUUUCACCAACAACUCUGUUUUUUGAAAUUUCCCGUGGCCUGGUGGUGAAGCUGAUUGUGCUGUAAUGGAAGGUAUAGGGGGGGAUUAGGCUGUUUUUUUUUCUCCCCCCUCCUCUUCUUUCCAUCACCGUGGGCCAACCAGCCCCCAGCCAAGAGGGUAGGAUAGCAUUAGACAGGAGAGAAUGAGGUGGGGGCUCUUCCUGACAAUGGAAUACUUGAAAAACACUCGACUCAACUCUGUGUCGCUCUCUUUAACGCUGCUCACUCACUCUAUAGCCUGAACAGGUGUUUUGGAAACUGGAUCCUGUCUUUUCUGAAUGUCUACAAAAUGUCAACACACACACACACACACACCUCCCCCAUCUUUUUCUCCCUCUCGUCUCUCAUACCUGUUGCAGGUUGUAUGGCCCUCUCGACUUUUCUUUUUGCCUCCCGCCAUCUCACUGCUUGACACUACACGGCCCCCACCCCUGGCCUCCUUCAGGGUUUGGGGUGUGAAAUGCACAAUCAAUGCAAUAUUCUUGGAUUCAAUUGUUUUUUUUUCCUUUUCUUUUUCAAAAAAAGUGUACAGUGUGUAUUUUUUCUCCUUUUGUGUGAAUUUUUUUUUUCUCCCCAUUUAAUUUAUUUGUAAACAUGUAGACAUUCCACACUCUGUGGCUAUUUAUUUAUUUAUUGUCUAUGCUUAAAAGCCCCCCCCACCCCCCUGAAAAUUUGCAUAUCCUACUUAGUCUUUGGUUUGCAUUCCUAUAACUUAUUUUUUCACUUCAUUUUUUUGAGAUGUGGAGGAUGCACUGAAGCAGUUGUCGAUGUAAAGCAGAAUAAAACAAGUUUACUUCAAUUUGAAAAGAGCAUUUGAAUGUUAUUUAACUACAAAAAAGUCUGUUGGUGAUGUUGAAUGGCUAAGUACCUGAGAAAUCCAUCUGGUUCCUGUACUGUCAAGAUUCAUUUAAGUUCUAUGGAAAGCUAAACGACAAGGGGAACAGCUUUCAUAGUUGUCACAUGGCCUCAUAAUGGAGACUUUUCAUUUCAGCUGUGUGACUUGUGGCUGUGAAGGAUGGAUAUUGCUAUUUUUUGAUACAAAAUUUCAAUUAAACUCCCAUUUUUAUGUACAGAAACAAGUGUGGUGUCUCGAUCAUUUUGAAC